AUGCUCGUAUCCGUCCCCUCGAUACCGCGACUCAUCGUCAUCCCGCUCUUCCUUCUUACAUGCGGCAUCUUCUUUCUCCCACAUGGCUAUUAUGGGUCGAAUGCCUUGCAUAUGCCUUUAUUGACGGGCAAAAACCUCACUGCCGCUAGCUCCACCUUCGGCGCACCUGUGCGAGAGUUCUGGUCGGACCUUGUCACAGCUCUAAUAGAGUCGCAGCCGCAAUGCGAGGCCUUACGCCUCAAAGGCGACGGCGAUGCACUGGUGAAGAACUUUCUGCCUCUCGAACCACAUCAAGCGCAUCCUGAGAAGUUGCUGGACUUCACCGACAAAGAGGAGACUGCUCUAUUCCAGUCUCACUAUACCAUGCGUAGAUGGGCACAACUUCUGGCACCAAAGUUACCAUUUGCCAAAGGCACAACGGGGAUUGUCACCACUGCAGACAUCUUCUACAUGCCGAUUUUCCUAGUGUCGCUGCGCAUGCUGCGGAGAACUGGCUGCGACCUACCCAUGGAAGUUUUUAUUGAUGACUGGACAAAGUACGACCCGGAGAUAUGCGACACCCUCCUACCGUCCCUCAACGCCCGGUGUGUUGUCUUAUCGAACAUCUACGACACAGCCACAAACGCGAAGCCACCCAACCACUACCAGUACAAGAUCUUCUCCAUCCUUUUCUCAUCCUUCCAGCAUGUUCUGUUCCUUGAUAGCGACGCAUUCCCGACCCAGGAUCCCACCAAACUCUUCUCCGCCGCACCAUAUACGACUCAUGGCCUAGUCACUUGGCCCGACUUCUGGGCUCAGACGAUAUCCUCGCAUUACUAUCAUAUCGCCGCGAUACCAGAAGUCGCCUCUCAAUCGAGGCUUUCUACCGAGAGCGGCCAGCUUCUCAUCAACAAAGACAUCCACCGCGCGUCGCUCCUCAUGAUGGUGUACUACAACUACUACGGUCCAGACUACUAUUACAUCCUUCUUAGCCAAGGCAGCCCUGGUGCUGGCGACAAAGAAACCUUUGUACAGGCAGCACUCGCAGUUGGCCUGCCCUACUACCAAGUCCAGACACCCCCCAGUGUUCUUGGCAACCAUAUGAAUGGCACUUUUAGGGGCACCGGCAUCGCGCAAGCAGACCCGACACUCGACUACGAAUACCUUAUUCCAAUGCGCAGCCAUGUUCACACCGAAACGCUCUGGCGAGACGCCGACCUUGCGAAACCAAAUACCGAGAUCGAGAAGGGACAUGACAGGAUACUCAAAGCCCCACAUAAACCAUCGAUCCUCUUCCUGCAUCAAAACAAUCUCAAGCUUGACCCGGCGAAGAUGCUAGACGAUAAACGAGUGUAUGGGGAUGACGACGGUCCGCACAGGAUGUGGGGCCCGAACAAAGACAUGACGGAAGACCUAGGAUACGACGCUGAGCGCAGACUAUGGGACGUCAUAACGGAAGAGGGAUGCAGAUUGGACAGCAGGAGUGAAACAUGUACAAAAGUACUGGCGCAUGUGCAAGGGGUGUUUUCUUGA